UUUGACUUUACUCGUAUACAAAUGUUGGUGUACUGUCCACAAUGCAGAAAUAUUUUUUCAUAUUGCCUUAGUUGUCUAGAUGAAAUAAUAACCCUGCGUGCUCUUUCAUCGAGUGAUCGAGAUCCAUCCUAAUAGAACAGACCCCACCUCCUACAUGAUGUCGUUUGUUUGUUUUGCUGCAAACAUAACCCUCAAAUUCAUGUGGAUCAGUUUUUGAAGCAUUCUGUUUUUUUGGUGGUCCAGAUGUUAUUUGUUUGAAAUUUCAUCUUUGACAUAAUUUCAGAGUCAUCUCUGAAUUAACAAAGUAUCAGAGAGAUUCAACAUAAUAAACAUGGAAGAAAAGCAAAGUGAAGAAGUGCCCAUGACCAUGGAUCUGGCCAAAAGUGACAGUGAAGUGGAAAAGAAUGGCAACAAAUCGCCAUCUCACGCAGAUGAAGUUGGUGAUGAAGACUCAGUUGCCGUUGGAAAUUCCACAGACAUUCCAACUACCUCCGUUGUUGGGGAAGAAACGCAAUCAACUGAAAAGUCAGAGGAAGUAGUAUCAGCCAACUUAACUCCUUCUUGCAAUGUUGAAAUUGAGGAACACAUCUCAUCGAGAAUAGUGAUCAACCGCUCAGAAUGUGAAAACAACACAGGAUCCGAAGUUUCCAUGGAAAUAGAGGCUACCGAAAAUCAGAUAAAUAAUGUGUUUAGUUCUCCCAGGAAAGAAAGCCUUAGGAAGCAAAGUCUCUCUGAAAUUUCAAGUAGCACACCCAAUAAGGCUACUGAGUCUUCUAGUGUGAUUACUAACUCUCCUGGUGACUUUCCUGUGGAAGUAAAAAUAAGUGAUGAUGAAGAUGAUGUUGUCGAGCUACCACAUGGCUCGGAACAAACAUUUCAAGGCUCACACAGAGGAACUGUUGUUCCGUAUUCUGACACUGAUGAUUCUGACAGCAGCUCCUCCAGCGACAGUGAGACUUCCUCAGAUAGCAGCUCUUCUGAUUGUGAAGACAACUUAGACGGAAGUAUCUCAGGAAAUAAAUCAACUUGUGAUUCUAAAAGUUCAGAUCCCAAGCCAGUUAAGGUGCGCGGUGAACUUGAUAUUGAAGACCUCCCGCCAAUACAAGAUUUGCACAUUAGUGUGAGAAAUGAUCAAGUUGUUGAGAUAGGAAAAGUGCUUCAUGCUGUAGAUACUUUAGUUGUUGUUGAGUGCUACAAGGACCAACCUCCCUUGGAUAUAGACAGUGUGCUAUUUUUGGACAGAGGAGCACGACCUCUUGGCCGCAUUUUUGAUGUGAUGGGGCCAGUGACAGAACCCUUGUAUUGUGUUCGAUUCAAUUCCAAAGAGCAUAUUGAAGAUCAAAACAUUCAGCCAGAGAUGCUUGUGUAUAGUGCUCCUCGAACAGAACACAGCCAGUUUGUGUUUGUGAAGCAUCUAAUGAUGAUGAAAGGCAGCGAUGCAUCAUGGAAAAAAGAUAAAGAAGUUCCAGGAAGUGAAUUGGACUUCUCAGAUGAUGAGGAGGAGGCAAAACGUAGGAGGGACUCAAACAGCAGAACAGAACAUAUACCAAAUAGUUGGGAUGAACCAAAACGCAAGGUUUCCAGACCUAAUCAGAUGGAGUCAGAUGGCAAGUUUCAGCCUAACGCCCGUGGUUUUCAAGGCUGCCCAAGAGGCCAAACGCGCGAAAACUAUCGUCCAAGAAAUCCGUGGGGCUGGUCGGGUGCUCGGUUUAAUGUCCCAAAGAACAAUUAUAGAAACCACAGCAACACCAAAUUUGGUCAAGAAUCUGCUCCAGGAAUGUUUGGCAACCCUCCACCUUCUAACAACAGCAGCUAUAGUCCCUCAUCAGAAUAUUCUUCAUACCAACAUGAAAAUGAUUAUACCCAAGAAAACCAUUAUGCAUCUGCAUCAGGAAACGACUAUGCACCAGGAAAUGACUAUUCACAAGGACUAGAAUAUUCAAAUGGAAAUGACUAUUCACAUGGACAAGAGGCCUACCCCCCACACAAUACGCCUGACCAGAGAUACCAGGCAUUCCAAUCAGAAAUAGCGAAGUUGGUUGAUGCAUACAAUAGGGGUGUUGAUAGUCCUAUGACAGUAGCGUCAGCCACGUAUGGUAUGAGACCCCCCGGACCGCAAUCCCAAUUCGGUGGGUCUCUGGGCCUUCGUCCCCCAUUCGGUGGAAGACCUUUCGCCCGGCGUCCACCUCCUCCAUUUGGUGGAAGGCCUCCCAGCACUCCGCAUCAAUUCAGCGCAACGCCUCCCCCCGGCCUUACCGGCCCCUGGACCCAGUUCGCUUCAAGACCCUCCGGUCCACCACCUCAGUUUGGUUCAAGACCUACCGGUCCGCCACCUCAGUUUGGUUCAAGACCUACCGGUCCGCCACCUCAGUUUGGUUCAAGACCUACCAGGCCGCCACCUCAGUUUGGUUCAAGACCUACCGGACCGUCACCCCAAUUUGGUUCUAGACCUCCUGCUCCCACAUAUGAUAAUCAGUUUUACUAGGUAAAACCCGUGGGUGUUGUUAAGUUGUUCUGUUUUUCUUCGUUCUACUUUUUUUUUUAUUUCUACAAAUAAGAAAAUAAUUGUUUAUGUUCUGGCCUGUAGAAUUAUUGGAAUAUAUGAGUAGUUAGUGUAAAAUGA